AUGGGGAAGCCUAAGGCCAUGCCUGCUACCAAGGGGGCCGGCAAGGGAAAGGCGGCUGCUACUCAACAAGGAUCCAACACAACCUCCUAUCCAGCCACUGUAGGACGGACGCGGCUGCUGCUACAAGGUCGAGUGGUUCUUCCCGGGCAGAAUCGGCAAGCCGCGCCAAAGCUUCAGAGCCGGCCGGAGGGCAGCCCAAGGGGAUCCCGGCACAAAGCCAAUCAGUGGGAGAUAAUGCUGCACUCCUCCGCUGCCGACUCCGCCGCUGACUGCUCUGCAGGCUGCAUCCCCUCGAUCUGCACCCCCUGCUGCGCCAGGGAACCACGGCACGAGGAGGUGGCUGGGUGGGAGGCGUCACCGGCUUCGGCGGACGUUGCACAUGGGGCCCGCCAUAAAAGUACCGAGGGAAUGACGUCAGGGCCGGUACUGCCUGAGGGGUUGGAGCGUGUAGGAGAGGUGACGGAGGAACGUGGGACAUCAAGGGACGAGGCUGCCACGGCUGGGGGGGCAGGGGAAAGCGACGUAGUGGUGACUGAGCCGGCAGCUGCUGCGUUACCCCGGGUGGUGGCUGCUGCGGUGCCUGAGGCGGCUGCUGCUGCCGUGCCUGCAGCGGAGACGGUGGCGGGUCCGGUGCGUGCUUGUGGUUCUGCUGCUGCCUUUGGCGGCGGAUCAUCUUCACCUUCUGCCACCCCACAUGUGGCACAGUUGCAGGCUGAGGAGACGAGGCUGUGUGCACAUCCGGAGCAGACCAGGGAGGUGGCAUAG